GGAGGACGUCAAGAGGAGAAGAGAGCUCAAAAGACCUUGGGACACAUGUCGGGAGGUCCCUACCAUUGAAGACGAGCACACACCCUGGAAGCUGCUUAAGCUUGUAAAUGUCAUCUCUUUGUUUGCAGUAGCUAUUAUUAUCUUUGGACUGGCAAUAUGCAGUAAGGCUUCUUUCCUUCUCCUCGUCACCUUGUCCCAUGAAGAUACGAAGACAAUCCAAGCAAAGCAGAAACCUCUCGCACUGCUGUGUAUUGGCUGCUCUGUAAUUGCACCUCAUGUCCUUCUGCUACUCAAAAGCUUCUGGAAAGCAUGUUACAAAUCAUCAAAGUUGCCAAGAAAAUCAUCUGUAGCCCUGGUUUUCUUCUUAGAGUUUAUAGUUUCUGUGGGGUUAGCAGUGCUUACCAUUGUAGCAAUGCCACACUUGGACAUUGUAACCAAUGUGACCAUCCUAAACAGUGUAGCUGUCCUCUCUGCAUUCCUGCAAGCCGUCGCUCAGUGCACUGCCAAAAAGACGAACAUCUUCCUGCUGCCUUCCAUCAUCGCAAUCCUGUUUAUUUUUGUUGGUUACUGCCUUUUCCUGGUCCUGUACAUUUUGAAAGACCCCACCGAUGUGAAGACAGCCAUCUGGGUGGGUCUUGCUGUUGGUGGGUCGAUCUUGGUAUCUUUCAACUGGUGGGAGAAUUACUUCAGGGUGAUCUGUGUGAAUAGCAAAUCCAACAUCCUGAAAAAUCUGUUUGAAGACUUGACCAAGAGUCAGAACAUGCUGCACAUCAUGUCCAGCUUACUGAGGAUUGUGGUCACUGCCUGUGUGCUUGGUGCCUAUGUUCCUCUGACCAAGAUGGACUGGGACAUUGUGACCUCCAUUCCAAGCAGGGAAACAAGAAUUGUAGCCAUCAUCGUUGGGGUCCAGCUGAUCUCCUCUGCACUCUGCCAUUGGUUUUCUUUAGCAGCCUGUAAGAUGCAUGCUGUCCGCAGAUGCUUCAUUGUGCCUUUGUACCUGGCUUCACUGGCUGUGAUACCAUUGUUUAUUGCUCCUGUCAUUAUUUAUCACAAAAACCACAACUCAAACAUCAACUUCACAAGUUGCUGCGUUGAUGCUGUGAUUGUAAGAAAUCAAAGUCUGAGUGGUGACCUGUUCCCACAUCUGAUUCUGGAUGUCACACAAACUCUCUGCACCCUGAACAUGUCCAUGACACCUGAUUUUGGCCUAUUGACAGGUGCAGGAGUAUUAUGGUGGAUUGGUCUUGUGUUGGCCACCAUCCAUAUUUGGUACCUAAACACCUGCCGCAUCCAGAAGACUCAAGACCUGUUUGUGAGGAGGCUCUAUGAGGGAGCUCUUAUUGAGCAAUCCUUACUACUCAACACACGCUUCCGCAUUCAGUGUAAAAACAGAAGGAAACGGUGA